CAGAGAGGAGAGCUGCCCGAGACCCUGACUGACAUGUACUCACACUUCCUGCUGGUUCAGACAAAGAGGAAGAAGCUCAAGUAUGCUGAGGGACAUGAGACGAGUCCACAGGAGCUGAUGGAGGCUGACAGGGAAGUUCUUCUGAAGCUGGGGAGGCUGGCGUUUGAACAGCUGGAGAAAGGAAACAUCAUGUUCUACCAAGAAGACCUGGAGCGCUGUGGUCUGGAUGUCACAGAGGCCUCGCUGUACUCAGGAGUUUGUUCAGAGAUCUUCAAAACAGAGAGUGUGAUCUUCCAGAAAACAGUCUACUGCUUCGUUCAUCUGAGCGUUCAGGAGUUUCUGGCUGCAGUCUACAUGUUCCACUGUUACACCAACAGGAACACAAAGGUACUGGAGGACUUCCUGGGGAAAGGCUAUGUUAGUUCAUCCCUGGAUGUCUUCCUGAAGAGAGCCAUGGAGAAAUCCCUUGAGAGUACAAAUGGCCACCUGGACCUGUUUGUCCGCUUCCUUCAUGGCCUCUCUCUGGAGUCCAACCAGAGGCUCUUAGGAGGCCUGCUGGGUCAGACAGACAACAAUCCAGAAAUCAUCCAGAGAGCUAUCAACAACCUGAAGAAGAUGAAGAAGGCCAAUAUCUCUCCUGACAGAAGCAUCAACAUCUUCCACUGUCUGACGGAGAUGAAUGACCACUCAGUCCAUCUGGAGAUCCGAAAGUUCCUGAAGUCAAAGAACAGAUCAGAGAAGAGACUCUCUUUGAUCCAGUGCUCAGCUCUUUCCUACAUGCUGCAGAUGUCCGAGGAGGUUCUGGAUGAGUUGGAUCUGUACACAUACAAAACAUCACCGGAGGGAAAACUGAGACUGAUUCCAGCUGUGAGGAACUGCAGAAAGGCUCGAUUGUGGAGCUGCGGUUUGUCAGAGAUCAGCUGUGCUCCUCUGGUCUCAGCUCUGAAGUCCAACCCCUCCCAUCUGAGAGAGCUGGACCUGAGCUACAACGACCUGAAGGAUUCAGGAGUGAAGCGUCUGUGUGCUGGAUUGGAGAGUCCAAACUGUAGACUGGAGACUCUAAAAUUGUGGAGCUGCGGUUUGUCAGAGAUCAGCUGUGCUGCUCUGGUCUCCGCUCUGAAGUCCAACCCCUCCCAUCUGAAAGAGCUGAACAUUGGUGACAACGUGCUGAAGGAUUCAGGAGUGAAGCUGCUGUGU